UCCUUGAUUAUAAACCGCAGAGUACGAACUAACGUCGUCACGUCGAUUUCUCCGAGAUUUUGUCAACAAACAAUUGAGGGCGCUAAGUACGACGGCGAGAAAUAAGUUAGUAAUGGCGCACGGUAAUAAAUGGGAAGAUCUUCGAAAGCAAGCUCGUCAAUUAGAGAAUGAGUUGGACCUAAAGUUGGUUUCAUUCAGCAAGCUCGGAACAAGUUACAGUUCACAAAAAAAUGACCAUGAUUACAACAGUUCGGAUUCAUCACCUCUCCUUGGAGGCUCAAAUAGCGACAGAAUGUUUGAAACAAUGUCUAUGGAAAUUGAACAAUUACUUGCUAAGUUAACAGAAGUUAAUGAUAGAAUGUCUGAAUACACAAAUAGCGUUUCAUCAUUAGCCCCAAGUGCAGCACUCCUUCACACGCUACAACGGCAUCGAGACAUCCUCCAGGAUUAUUCCCAUGAAUUCCAGAAAACGAGAAGCAAUAUCAGUGCCUGUCGGGAACGGGAGGAUCUGCUAGGAUCGGUGCGAAGAGAAAUCGAUGCAUAUAAAAAUUCUUCUGGGUUGAAUAGAAGGACAGAUAUGUACCUCAAAGAACAUGAACAUUUAAGGAAUUCAGAUAGGAUAACGGAUGAAACAAUUAAUAUUGCUAUUGCAACAAAAGAAAACUUGAUGUCACAAAGAAGCACAUUGCGCAAGAUCAGCGGUUCAAUGUCCAACAUGGUCAACCGAUUCCCUGUUAUUAAUAGCCUCGUUCAAAGGAUAAACUUACGGAAGAGGAGAGACUCCAUCAUAUUAGGAAGUGUGAUUGCCACCUGCAUUAUAUUACUACUCCUGUAUGCUUUUCAUUAGCUGAUAACAGAUAUAUAAUUGUAUGAAGGUGUUGAACUAAGUUGUAAGAAGAUGGGAUAAGAUUAGAGAAAAAAAAGUGGGGUGGGGGUGAGAGGGAACAAAUGGGAGAAGAGGUUGAAUCUGAGAUGUUACAAUGAUGGUACAGUUGAACUUGCCUAAUCCAAAAUGGCAUUGAAAAAUAGCUUGACUUGAAAUAGUUGACUUGAAAAAAUUCAACUUACAGAUUGUUAAUUAAUGCAAAACAACAAUUGGGCAUGUACAAUAAGAGCGACUUAGAAGUAUUUGAAUUAGGCAGAGUCGACUUAGGCAAGUUUAACUGUAUAUGUAAAAUCUUAUCCAGGUUAGACCUUUUUUAGGUCAAACUAACCAGGUAUACAGUCCCUUUGCCAAAAAAUUCAGAGCGACCAGCCUGUGUAGUUAUUGUACCUAGGAAAGAUAUCCUGGCUCUUUUCUCUCACUGAGCAUUAUAUAAAAUGAUAUCACCUAUUUUGUGUCCAGAAGUCUUAAUUUAAAUGCAUGCUAUGCUGGCAAACUACACGGUGAAUUAUAUUUUGCACAUGGCCUUGAUGAAACUUUAUGUGUAUUUAAACCUAAGUACGAACAGCGCUAUGAUUUUGCCAAGAUAAGCUCCACCUCCUUGUCAAAAUUGAUCCAUGUGAACCAGGCUGGUUUCCCUCCCUGAGCAUUAUAGAAAAGGUUAUCACCUAUUUUAUGUCCAGAAAUUUGAAUGCAUGCAAUGGUAGCAAUUUACACAUGGUGAAUUGUAUUCUGCACAUGGUUUUGAUAAAACUUACUGCAUAUUUAAAUCUAAGUGUGAACAGCGCUAUGAUCUACCUAAGAUAAGGUCCACCUCCUCGUCAAAAUUAGCCAACCCAAUGUGAACAUGGCAAUAGAAUAUCAAAUAGAUUUUUUUUUUAAAGGAAAGGGUAAAGGUAGGAGAAUAACCCAUAACUUGCAGUGUCAUAUUGCUGAAUUGUGUACGGGCGUGGUCUGUGAGGAAUUUGAAACUCAAUGGUUUAAACCACCUUUCUUAGCAUAUCUAAUUUUUUUUUGCUGCUUAUGGUGAUAUCCAUCGACACUGACUACCGUAAGACACAUGAUAAUAAAGGGGUAAUACAGUAGUAAAGCAUGCUUAUUUAUUGAAUUUGUGGGAGAUGGGUUAUUCCCCCGGCAGGUUCUAUUUCGAUUGCGGGAGUGUUGGUACCCCUGGAUGAAAGAGAACUGUAUUCAUGUAAGAAGUGUAUAUGAAUAGAGAUUGAGAGUUGUUGGUGAUAGGGUUAAGUGUAUAAUUAAUAAUAAACAUAAUAUUUUGUCACAUAUAACUUCUAGUAAUAUCAUAUGAUUUUUGGUAGUUUAAGUGAUUAAUAUAAUUAUGGAAAAAAUCUUGGGUAAUAUUUUCAUUUAAAAUUAAAACCCUGUAGAAUCAGUCAUUUUAAGAAUAAUAAUUUUUAAUAAACUGUACUAAUUUUAAGAAAUACAGUUUUUGAUGAAAUUUCAUUUGUUGCCUCAUUGGUAACCCACUGUUAGUAUAUCAGUGUGCAUGCUCUGUAAAUAUUUUGAUUCAUGGGGAGAUCGCAGCAUAUUAAAAAAUGAAUGACUAUUAUUUUCUUUUAAUCAUUCAUCUCAUUAUUAUUAUUAUUGUUAUUAUUAUUAUUUUUAUUAUUGUCAAUUUAAAACCCCGUGACAGAAAAGUACUCAUAUUUAUUAAAUUUAAAUUAUAGUAUAUUCAAAUCUAUAAGAAAGACCCACCGUUGUUGCACAAUUUCAGUGGACUUCUCUGCUAAGUCACGCCCCUUAGAUAUUGUUGCUAAAGGUCCCAUGUUAAACAUGGGCGUAUUCUUGUCCCUGCUCUGAUUGACAUUCCUUUAAAAUAACUUACAGAAACCAAUUAUGAUAUUGAAAAUUUAGAUCCAAGCGUAUAAUAGUAAAUAAAUAAGAUGUUUCUUUUUACAUAUGUACAGUGAUGUUGAUAUUUGAUGUAACAUAUAAUACAUGUAGUAGCAUGUUAUGUUUCUUCUUAGUUUUUAUUAUAAUUUGUGUUAUUUUGUCUUGAUUCAUUUUUUUCUGGAAAGUGCAACAUGUAAAUAUAUAUAGUAGUUUGAGAAUACAUUUAAAUUAAAAUAAAUGUGUACUUGAAUGGAUUGCGAUUCGAAAUAUA